GUGCAUUCUCAUUGACUUGGACGUUGCUGUCGUUGUAUGUCUCGGCAUGCUCGCGGGCAUGACCGAUAAGAUAAGAAGUCACGUGCCGCAGUACUAAUACGGGAUAGCGUUUUUUCCCUGCCCACAAGCGACGGUUGUCCUGGGCGGCCAGUAGCGAAAAAUCAUCCUCGCCCAAUUCUCAUCCAUCGCACUGAAACGAGCCGUCGACGACAACGCCCUCUCAACCACUGACAACCCCAGCCACCACCGUAACAAUGGCUUCGACCCAGUCAGUUCAGUGCUUCGGCAAGAAGCGAAACGCGACAGCUGUCGCCCACGCCAAGACCGGAAAGGGUCUGAUCAAGGUCAACGGCCGCCCUCUGCAGCUUGUUGAGCCUGCCAUCCUCCGAACCAAGGUCUACGAGCCUCUGCUCGUUGUCGGCCUCGACAAGUUCGCUGGCCUGGACAUCCGUGUCCGUGUCUCCGGUGGUGGUCACACUUCCCAGGUCUACGCCAUCCGACAAGCCAUCUCCAAGGCCCUGAUCGCCUACAACCAGAAGUUCGUCGAUGAGCACACCAAGAACCUGCUCAAGCAGGCCCUGACCCAGUUCGACCGUACCCUCCUCGUCGCCGACAACCGUCGCUGCGAGCCCAAGAAGUUCGGCGGUCCAGGUGCCCGUGCCAGAUUCCAGAAGUCCUACCGUUAAAGCGUCGACACAAUCGGAAUGGCGCGGCGGAUCAGUGCUGCUGGUACUACCCUGCUGGUGGUGCUGGUCUGGGGAGGUUGGUGAUAGAGAGGCGGCAACAGGGAAUCCUCACGGCGUUGACGAGAAGACAAUGCCUACCUGCUCGGGAGGGAUUGCCGUUGGUCUUUUCAGGUUUCGUGCGGAUCGGGAGUAUUUUCAUGGAUCAACACGGAAUCAAAAGGGGAAAUUAUUUUCCUAGGUUUGCAUUUGCAUGGCAAAAAAGCUCCACCGGGCUGCAGUAAAGGGAUACGGCAAAUGAACGAACAAUCAACAAAAUCCAGCGUGUGGCUUUGAUUACAACUGUUGUGCGGGCGUAUUCUGGCUUCCGCGAAAUGUGAAAGCGUGCGUGCCUUGGUCUGCCCGUUGACCUGUCUCCGACUUCAAUGCCACAAGGGUCCAACUAAUUGACAGCGACAGAAGGCUGGAUUCGCGGCCAGGCCGGUCCAGUCCAACUCGUAUACUGUCAUACGGGAUGAUGUGAAAGAUGAGGCAGGUCAAAAAAUCACACAACUGUGUUGAAAGUACACUCGAGCAGUGGUCAUGUCAGACCAUCAGCCGAUUGCCAGCCAAUUCUCCUGCACGUGGGCAGAACUCGAGAGUCAGCGCUGCCUACAAACAAAUUGCCUGGACCACUCAUGACGAAAAUGUAGUGUUUCUCUCGACACCAGAUUCGGGUGUACACCAUGCCACACUCCUGGCUGAGGUAUUAUGCUGCCACCAGCCACGUCAAGAGAUGUCUCAAAUCAG